GCGGGGCGGGGCGGAGCGCACACCGGCUCCUGGCGGCAGCUCUCGGAGCCGGGCGAGGCGCGCAGGCGGCUCCGAGGCGCUGGGCACAGACAGGCCAAGAGACAAACACUAGAUUGUUCAACUACGAGACCUACGAGACCAUAGUGAAUAUAAACAAUCAGAGGUCACGGUUUUUGGUCAGGGCCGGGUUUGAACCUGCCACCUCCAGGAUACGGGGCCCUACUCUUGAGUCAUAGGCACUGCUGUGUUCUAGAAUCCCGAUGGCAAACUUCAAGGGCCAUGCACUCCCAGGGAGUUUCUUCUUAAUAGUCGGCUUGUGGUGGUCAGUGAAGUACCCACUGAAGUACUUGCAUCAGACACGGAAGACCGCCUGGCUGCAGCAGUCUCAUCAGCGUCUGGAGGUCAUUGAAGCCGCAGUGAGGACCCUGUUUUCCCUCAUUGGGAUCCUGGCAGAGCAGUUUGUUCCGGAUGGGCCACACCUGCACCUCUACCAUGAGCACGGCUGGGUGAAGCUCAUGAACUGGCAGCACAGCACCAUGUACCUGUUCUUCGCCGUCUCCGGGAUCACGGACAUGGUCACCUAUCUGCUCAACCACAUUCCCCUGGGCGUAGACAGACUGGUUAUGGCUAUGGCAAUAUUCGCUGAAGGUUUUCUUUUCUACUUCCACGUCCACAACCGACCACUGCUGGACCAGCACAUCCACUCGCUCCUGGUGCUUGCUUUGCUUGUUGGGGGCGUCAGCGUCUUCCUAGAGGUCUUCUUUCGGGACAAUACUGUGCUGGAACUUUUCCGAACCAGUCUCAUUAUUCUUCAGGGAACCUGGUUCUGGCAGAUCGGAUUUGUGCUGUUCCCCCCUUUUGGAACGCCGGAGUGGGACCAGAGGGAUGAGGGCAACAUCAUGUUCAUCACCAUGUGCUUCUGCUGGCACUACCUGGCCGCCCUCUGCGUCGUGGCCGCCAACUACUCACUCGUUUUCUGCCUUUCGACUCGGAUGAAGAGACUUGGAGGAGAGGUCAUUGGGAUUCAGAAACUGAAGGCCGAUCACACUUACCAGGCCACCCUCCUGAGCGACUCAGAUGAGGACUGAGACUGGGCCACGCAGAGGGUGGACUCCCGCUGCAGGGCAGGGGACAAAGCUUGCCACAGCGCUGCAGCGCUGGCUGCGGCCUGCUACUGAGGGUCUACGCUGCCACCUGGUCACUUCACACAGGCUAGAGGUUCUAAAUCAGGAAAUUACGGCUUCAGUGUUUUGUGUACCUUGCUGUUUGGAUUUUUUAAACAUAAUUUAAGCUCUG